GAUACAAUAAUACAAUAUUAUUACCAUGGCCCAUGACGGUAUAACGAAAUAGUCGUGUUUCAUGAUCAGAUGUCUAUAAUUAUUGUAGCGUCGUUGUUCUAUGGAUAGCAAUGAUAGUGAGGUUCAAAAUCACCAAAAUAAUGAUAUAAUUAAAUGUAAUAUACCAUCAUUCAGUAUAUGAACAGGAUGAACGUAACUACACGACCAAAUAUUAUAUUCUAUUCUGUGGUAGUCAUGGUAUCGACGACCGAUGUGUCGGUUAGACGUUUACAAUCGCAUUUUGGUAUUUGGUAGGCGAUCAAAAAUUAUUUUACACGAAACGACACGACAACACUAAGGUUAUUUAACUCCAAUGAACAAUAUCAUAUGGUUAUAUAACCGAACUAUAACAAGUUUCACCAUCGUCAUCAAUACUUGGUAUCAAUUUUACUGUUAUCAAAAUUGGCCCAAGUGGCAACUAUAAUUUAUUAUUAAACGUGUCUAUUUUGUCCAUUCAAUAACAAUUCAUAAAAUUAUUUGCAAUGGCUGGAUCUGCUCUAAGACGACUUAUGGCUGAAUAUAAACAGUUGACGUUAAAUCCUCCAGAAGGAAUCAUUGCUGGCCCAACCACUGAAGAAAAUUAUUUUGAGUGGGAAGCUUUAAUCACAGGACCAGAAGGGACAUGUUUUGAAGGUGGUGUUUUCCCAGCUAAACUUAUAUUUCCAUCAGACUACCCAUUGAGUCCACCUAAAAUGAGUUUUACUUGUGAUAUGUUUCAUCCAAACAUUUAUUCAGAUGGGCGUGUAUGUAUUUCAAUUCUUCAUGCGCCUGGUGAUGACCCUAUGGGUUACGAAUCCAGUAAUGAAAGAUGGAGUCCUGUACAGAGCGUUGAGAAAAUUCUUCUUUCUGUUAUUAGUAUGCUUGCAGAGCCAAAUGACGAGAGUGGCGCAAAUGUUGAUGCCGCUAAAAUGUGGCGCGAAGACCGUGAAGGAUUUAAUAAAGUAGCUGAAACGUUGGUCAGAAAAACUUUAGGGAUACCAACAAGCAAAUAAGGUCAGAUAGGUAAUAGUUUAAUCGAAACAUUUGGCUAGCAAUGAGGAAUGAUAUUUUAAUAAACACAUGUAUAUACAUUAUUAAGUUAAAUUUUAAAAUAUAAGUUACGUAUUUUAUA